AUGCCCCGGGGUCUGAAGAGUAAGCUCUGUGCCCAUGAGAAACGCCAUCAAGCCCAACAAGCAACCGAGCAUCCAAUGGGUGCUCAGGCCGCUGCAGGAGGAAGGGCUCAGCCUGCCACUGAUUAUGAGCAGACAAACCGUAUAGAUAAGACAGUAUUUACAUUGGUGUGUUACCUGCUGUACAAGUAUCAAUUGAAAGAGCAAAUUACGAAGGUAGAUAUGCUGAAAAAUAUAAUCCAAAUGCACAAGAGCCACUUCCAUGAGGUCCUGAAGAAAGCUGCAGAGUACCUGGAGAUGGUGUUUGGCCUUGACAUAAAGGAAGUAGAUCCCAAUAGGCACAUUUAUGUCCUCAUCAACAAACUAGAUCUAAGCUAUGAUGCAAUGAUGAGUGAUGACAGAGGUAUACCCAAGACUGGCCUGCUGAUGACUGUCCUGGGUGUGAUCUUCACGAAAGGCAAUUGUGCCACUGAGGGGGAAGUUUGGCAAAUAUUAAAUGUGAUGGGGUUAUAUGAGGGGAGGAUGCAUAUUAUUUUUGGAGAUCUCAGGAAGCUCCUCACCAAAGAUUUGGUGGAACAAAAGUACCUGGAGUACCGGCAGGUGGCUAACAGUGAUCCUCCAUGUUAUGAAUUCCUGUGGGGUCCACGAGCCUAUGCUGAAACCAGCAAGAUGAAAGUCCUUGAGUUUUUAGCCAAGGUCCAUGAUACCAUCCCUAGUGCCUUCCCGACCUGGUAUGAAGAGGCUUUGAGAGAUGAGGAAGAGAGAGCACAAGCCAGAGUUGCAGCCAGGGCUCGCAUUAGUGCUAUGGCCAGUGCACGUUCCAGGGCCACGUCCCACAGCUUUUCCCACCCCUAGUAGAAUCUGAUGCAUUCUUCACUUUAUAGUUGAAAAGAAAAUUCCAUAUUUUAAGUAGUGGAAGGUCAGGGUGAGGCUGGAGACAACACAAUGUAUAACAUGUUUAUUUUCCUGUUCU